CCCCAGGAUCGUGUUUGGGAAACCCGGAAUAGUGCCCAUCAAAUGAAAUACAGACAAGCGCCACCCCGAGGAGUGGAAGUCUUGAGGAACUGCCUUCCUUUAUCGCAAACUGGUUGCCGGAGUUCGGUGUCGCCAUAUUUUCAAUCCGAAGCUCUGAGAGGUCCUGAGGCAGCCUUUACACCCACCUGAACAUGUCUGGCCCGGUCACCAGUCGAUCCCGGGUUUACCCCGACGUGAACACACAGCGACCCCGGGAGUACUGGGACUACGAGUCACACGUUGUGGAGUGGGGGAAUCAAGAUGACUACCAGCUGGUGCGAAAGCUCGGCCGAGGCAAAUACAGCGAAGUGUUUGAAGCCAUCAACAUCACAAACAACGAGAAAGUAGUAGUCAAAAUACUCAAGCCAGUAAAGAAGAAGAAAAUCAAGCGAGAAAUCAAGAUUCUAGAAAACCUGCGAGGUGGCCCCAACAUCAUCACACUUCUAGACAUCGUCAAGGAUCCAGUGUCCCGGACUCCAGCCCUGGUUUUUGAACAUGUUAACAACACAGACUUCAAGCAAUUAUAUCAAACGCUAUCAGACUACGACAUACGGUUCUACAUGUACGAGAUCUUAAAGGCCCUGGACUACUGUCACAGUAUGGGCAUCAUGCACCGAGACGUCAAGCCACACAACGUUAUGAUUGACCACGAACACAGAAAGCUUCGCCUUAUAGACUGGGGUUUGGCAGAGUUCUACCACCCUGCUCAGGAGUACAACGUACGAGUGGCGUCCCGAUACUUCAAGGGUCCAGAGCUGCUAGUCGACUACCAGAUGUACGACUACAGUUUAGACAUGUGGAGCUUGGGCUGCAUGCUGGCCAGUAUGAUCUUCAGGAAGGAGCCUUUCUUCCACGGACACGACAACUACGACCAGCUUGUACGAAUCGCAAAAGUCCUGGGCACAGAAGACCUUUAUGACUACAUCGAUAAAUACAACAUCGAGCUAGACCCACGGUUCAACGACAUUCUGGGCAGACAUUCCCGUAAACGGUGGGAGAGGUUUGUGCACAGUGAGAAUCAGCACCUGGUGAGCACCGAGGCUCUGGACUUCCUGGACAAGCUGCUGCGCUACGACCACCACGCCCGCCUCACAGCCCGGGAGGCCAUGGACCAGCCCUACUUCUACCCCAUUGUGAAAGACCAGGCGAGGAUGGGCUCUACAUCAGGGUUGUCGACUGGUUCUACCCCAGUCAGCUCCUCUAGUAUGAUGACAGGCAUCACCUCCAUGUCCUCGUCGCAGCCCCUGGCUAAUGUGGCGGGCUCUCCUGUGAUCUCCUCCCCCAGUGCUCUGGCCACUCAGGUCCCAGCCGCUGCCGGGGCCCAGCAGUGAACGGUGCCCUCAGCCUGGGGCCUGGGAUGGACCCUCUGUCUGGCCUGGCCUACCCAGCCAACCACCAUUUUUAUGUUGAGUAUAACAGAGACAAAGGAAAAGAUAUUAGGUUCCCCUUUUUUUUUCAUACAAUAAUUAUAUAUUGAGAUCCGGGGGAGAGAGAAGAGAACAAACAUUUACUUGCGUCUGUCUGGAUAAAAAACGUAGCUGCGUUCUUUCAUGAUGACGGUGUCUAGAAAUGCAACUAUGUAGAAAGUAAGCAAAAUGGACAAUAAAAAUGAUUUUAUAUGUCCCUAAAGUACAUGUUUGUUUUCUAUGGGUCAGAGGCUGUUGAUUUUCUAGUUCUUUUUUUCACAUCAAAUGACUCAUGGGCUGCUUGUAACACUUUGUUAAUUACGUUUUCUGUUGGUCAUAUUUUCAUCAUUGAAUUUCUCUCAAUAGAACAGCACCACUGAUUUAGUUAUUUCAGUGUCAUCCCUAAUGUUUUUAUCACGAGGCAGUGUCACAAUGAUUAUGCUUGUUAUUUGGUUGUGGCUAUUUCAGGCUCAUUGAACUAACUUUUUGUACUUGAGUUACGCUGACAUAUGACUGUUUAUAAAAUGUAUUCAAUAA